CCUUGACACAAAUAUACAAAUGAUAUGCUACAAAAAUUGUUAGAGGAUAUCAUAUACUACUAUGUAAUUAAGAAGAUAACCAUAAUAGAUGAAACGUCAUGCACAAUCCUUACUAUCUUCUAUAUAAAUGGCCUCACAACACAAUCCUUUCUCCCACACCACUUUAUUACUGAAACUUAAAGAACAAAAAAAAGAAAAUUUCAUUUGCUCACUCUGAGAAACAUACCAUGCAGACAAUGGAAGGAAGACAAUAUUACCAAAACCCUGAAGGAAACAAUCAUAGCUCUUCCAUGGUGGUGCCACACUCGCCGUGGCACUCUCCGGUUCCUUAUCUUUUUGGCGGUUUGGCCGCCAUGCUUGCCCUCAUCGCCUUCUCUCUUCUCAUCCUCGCUUGUUCUUACUGGCGACUCACUAGCUCGGAUGAGAGAGAUCUCGAGGCAGGAGAUGAUGCCAAACCCAACGGUGACACUCACAAGACCAAGACAACAGUGAUGCCAGAGAAGUUUCUGGUCAUCAUGGCCGGAGACGUCAAACCCACUUACCUUGCUACGCCGGCGAAUAUGUCUGAGCAAAGCUGUACUUGCGGUGAUCAUAAGGAAGAGGUGGGUGGUAAUCAGGUGGUGCGGCAGAGCACCGGAACUUGAAAACAGAGCAAUCAUUACGAAGUCUAAAUAUUAUGCGGACCUUAGAGAAGCGGAUGGGAUAAAACUGUGUUUUAUUUCAUUAUUUUUGUCUGAUUGAGAAGAUGUUUAUGCAUCGUUUUGUAACUUUGUAUGGUUUUGGUUCUUUUUAAUCUUCUCGUUGUAGUACUACUAGAUUUCUACUAUUUUUCUCGUUCUGGAUCAAGAAAAAAAAAGUCCGGAAUAUGUACAUUUCAUGAGAACUUGAAUAGAUGAUUAGUAACUAGU